CCCGCCCAGCCGUCCCGGCGUCUCUGUCUGGGCCUGAGGCGCGUCCGCGGCCGCGCGGGGAGCAAUGGAGGCGCUGCUGAGGCGGGAGCUGGGCUGCGGCUCCGUCAAGGCCACGGGUCAUUCGGGGGGCGGGUGCAUCAGCCAGGGCCAGAGUUACGACACGGACAGAGGGCGAGUGUUCGUGAAAGUGAAUUCCAAGGCGGAGGCCAAAAGAAUGUUCGAAGGGGAGAUGGCGAGUCUGACUGCCAUCCUGAACACAGGCACGGUGAAAGUGCCCAAGCCCAUCAAGGUCCUCGACGCGCCGGGAGGUGGGAGCAUGCUGGUGAUGGAGCAUGUGGACAUGCGCUAUCUGAGCAGUUACGCUGCACAGCUUGGAGCCCAGCUGGCAGAUUUACACCUCGACAACAAGAAGCUUGGAGAGUCGCUCCUGAAGGAGGCUGGCACAGUGGGGAGAGGAGGCGGGCGCGCGGAACGGCCCUUCGUGGACCAGUUUGGGUUUGACGUGGUGACGUGCUGUGGAUACCUUCCCCAGGUGAACGACUGGCAGCAGGACUGGGUCGCGUUCUACGCCCAGCAGCGCAUUCAGCCGCAGAUGGACAUGGUGGAGAAGGGGUCUGGGGACAGGGAGGCCCUUGAGCUUUGGUCUGCUCUGCAGUUGAAGAUCCCUGACCUGUUCCGGGGUCUGGAGAUUGUGCCGGCCUUACUCCACGGAGACCUCUGGGGAGGAAACGUCGCGGAAGACUCCUCUGGGCCUGUCAUUUUUGAUCCGGCCUCGUUCUACGGCCACUCGGAGUAUGAGCUGGCGAUCGCCGGCAUGUUUGGGGGCUUCAGCAGCUCCUUUUACGGCGCCUACCAUGGCAAGAUCCCCAAGGCUCCGGGGUUCGAGAAGCGGCUGCAGCUGUAUCAGCUCUUCCACUACUUGAACCACUGGAACCACUUUGGAUCGGGGUAUCGCGGGUCCUCCCUGAACGUCAUGAGGAAUCUCGUCAGAUGAGCCGCCUGGCCCUGGAGGGAGGCCUCUCUGCGGAGCGUGCUGGGCCCGAGAUCAGGCUCCAAGGUCCGCCCAGCGCCCUCCCAUCCCUCCACGGGCUUUUCACGUGGCUGGAGCAGCUUAAGACCAACGCAGUCGCUCAUUCCCAAGCCGUGUAAAGUACGUAACACCCCAGAGGAAAGGUUUUGUUGCCCUGAAGUUGUACACUUUGUCAGACCUCGUAGCUAGCUAGAGCUGCACCAGGGAGGGUGUGAACAGGGAGGCUGUGAAGCGUGGGGGGCGUUGAGCCACACACCUGCUCCAGAGGCGGAGCCACCGUGAGUGAUCUCACGGGUGGGCAGGGUGUGCCUGGGCACCGUGCUCUGAGGACUCCUUUCCACCCCCUGCCCGCUCUCGUGUGCGGGAAUGACUCUGAGCUGUGCCCAGGGACGCUGCCUGCUGGGGGAGGCUUGGGUCUGGAUGCGAAACCACCUUACUGGGAGCCUCUGUAAGGACCAGUUCCAAACUUGAGCACGUUCCCUCCUCUUUCUGCAUCACCUCUGGCCCCUGCCACAGGCUGAGCAGUCUGUGAACCAGCCCUGGAGGGACUGAGCUGACAGCCUGCGGUGUCCUUGGGAACAUUUAGGAGCCUCGAUGGCUCGUGUUGGGACCCCAUCUCGUGUGCUAUUUCUAAAGCUUGCUCCGUUGUCGUUCCUUUGCAACAUGCGAAAUGAACUCAUAUUUCCCCUCUCUCAGUAUUGCAGUGAUGAGAAAUACUUCAUGAAUGGCAUUGAGGCUAACAUAUCCUUUUGCAUAAAAAUUUGAAUA